GAGGUGCCCCUACUGAUGGGGUGCUCGUAGUGGCUAACUCGAAACACACGCUGCGCUCAGUCUUGUAGCCGUUGAAUGAACGUGUGUUUUGAGAAUUACCUGGGCUGUUUGGAGUACUGAGCUGUUGUUACAGCCUGCAGUUAGUUCCAGAGGAGUUCUGCGUGCUGCUUUUGGUUUGACACCACCUUUCUCUCUUUUCUUUUUUUUUUUUUUUUCCUUUUCCCUUUGGUUUGCUUUGCAGCCUGGGGAUGCUUUGAGAAGGUGACGGGCAGCUACGCCGGGCCAAGUCCGAGUCUGCUGCAGAUUUGUGUUCCCUGCCUGUCAUGUCCCCCGGCAGCACAAGGCUUCUCUUUGCAACUCCCAUGGGUUUACUGACCAUGGCACUUAAAUUUCCACUUCUGGAAAAUGUUUAGAAUCUCACCUCACAAGUUCUGUUAAAUUCUUUUCUAGAUUUUUCACUUGGAUUUUAGAGAGUUGGUCUGCUCUGGGAAAUCUGUCGUGUGCUCGGGGUUAAGAUUUUGGUUGCAGGGUGGUUUGAAUUAAUAUUAAAAGAGAGUGCUUUAACAGGAACUCGGAGUACUUCCAUUUUUGGUGGCUUAAUUGAAUCUGUUAAAUGUAAUUUAGACUCUUAAAAUAAGGAAAAUUUCUUUGCCAUCCUUUUGGAAUGAGAUAGAUGCUUCGAUGGUCCGUUUUGAGGAAUCGCUGGAGGAGAAUCUUUGAUCCACUUUGGCCAAAAGUCAUCUAAACUAGAGGGGAGCUGUGCUGAGGAGGACAGCUUUGUCAGCUUGUGGAUAGCAGCGAGUGUUCCUAACCUUUGUAACCCUGUAAAGCUUUAACCUGAUCAUGAAAGUUCCCGAUAGCAGCUGGGAGGGUUGUUCUGCAGCCAAUCGAAUGGGCUCAGUAUUUGUUAGCCUCAGUUAAAUAAGCAAGAAUUGAUAUUUUGGCCCUCUCUUCAGAAGAGCUGCUUGCCAGAAUGGAGUGGUGCUGCUCCUGGAGUGCAGCAGACUGUAUUUUCAGAAAGCUUAUGUAAAUUAGGGACUUUUUAUCCUCUCAGAGUCCACGGUGUCUUGUUAUUAAGAUGCGUGACAUAAGGGACGGGCCUUGCAGAACUGCGUUACAUGGCAUUAAGUGUCUCUAGAACAAGGGGGAAGUAGCCCACGCUGUGUUUCAGCAGGUAACAUCGAAAGGUGCUGGCUUAAACCCUAACGCCAAGGUGUGGCAAGAAGUACCCCAAGGGAGUAGUGAGGCUGUGCCACCAACAAAUGGCGCAGAGCACACGUGGCAAGAAACAACGGCUGCACAAGGGACUCACACCGAGGGUAACAUAGAGAUUUCAGAGGAUAGCUGCAAGCAGUAUGAAGUGAUGUAUUCCCCAUCCUGUGAAGCCACAAGAAAUGGCACGGGAGUUGAUGAAGCAUCUGCAAAUGGAAUUGUCCUGGCAACCGAAGAUCUUGGAUACCAAAUCUAUGAAGUGUCUGGUGAAGGCAGCUCCGCUGUGUCCACAGAAGAUAUUAGAGAGUGUUUGAAAAAACAACUUGAAUUCUGCUUCUCACGUGAGAAUCUUUCCAAGGAUCUCUACUUGAUGUCUCAAAUGGAUAGUGAUCAGUUUGUUCCGAUAUGGACAAUUGCCAACAUGGAAGGUAUUAAGAAGCUGACAACAGAUAUGGACCUUAUUCUGGAAGUUUUGAGAUCUUCUCCUAUGGUACAAGUGGAUGAGAGAGGGGAGAAAGUAAGACCAAACCACAAACGAUGUAUUAUCAUUCUCCGUGAGAUCCCUGAAACAACACCUAUAGAGGAGGUUAAGGCUCUCUUUAAAAAUGAAAACUGCCCCAAAGUGAUAAGCUGUGAGUUUGCUCACAACAACAACUGGUACGUUACAUUCCAGUCAGAUACAGAUGCGCAACAGGCGUUUAAGUACUUAAGGGAAGAAGUGAAAACCUUUCAGGGCAAGCCAGUAAUGGCAAGGAUAAAAGCCAUCAACACCUUUUUUGCUAAGAAUGGUUACCGGGUAGUGGAUUCCAGUGUCUAUACUCAGCCAGUUCAAACACAAGCACAGUUUGCCUCGCCACUCUUUAUGCAGCCUGUAUAUAGUCCUCAGCAGUACUCUAUUUACAGCAUCGUGCCUCAGACGUGGUCUCCCAAUCCUGCACCUUACUUUGAAACACCACUGGCCCCCUUUCCUAACGGUGGAUUUGUGAAUGGCUUUAAUACACCAGGAUCAUAUAAAACAAAUGCUGCUUCUUUGAGUAUAGGUCGCCCAUUCCAUAGAAAUCGUGUGAAGCCUCACUUCCGAUCAUCGAACAGCUCGGAACACGCUGCGGAGGGUCCAGCUGCCGUCAGUACCAUGCCCGUGGGGGAUGGCCCACUGAACAGAACCAACUCAAGGAAUUUUGUUAUGGAGCGCCAUAACAGUACGUUAACCGGGCACCAAGAGCAAGGAUAUUCCCAGAAGGAUUCUCCGACCGCACAGAUGGAGCAGAACGGCGAUUACGGCAUUGGCAGGGGCAGGAGGAAUGUUUUCAGAGGUCGGAGGAGACGAGAAGAUGACCGGGUUUCAAGACCUCAGUCUUCAGCAGAAACAAAGACUCAGACACCAAAGUUUGACUUGCUAGCAUCAAAUUUCCCACCUUUACCUGGCAGCACAGCAAAAAUACCGGGAGAGCCUGUGCUGGAGAGCAGGAUGUCCGAUAUCGUUAAAGGAGUCUGCAAAGAAAAGGAAAGCAAAGAUCUGCUGCCCAGCUGCCCAGCUCCUGCUCAGGAAGAACCGACGCACAGCACCGUCCAGCAGCCGGUGACAAGUGUGAGUUCCCCGAGUCAGACCGAAGCUGUGGCAUUAAGCAGCACGGUUCAGCCGGACAGCAAACCAGAAGAAGUGUCGGCUCAGAAAGAUGUUACAAGCCACACGUCCCCGCCGCUGGCUGUCUCUCCCGUCAGUGCUGCAAAGCCACCGAGGACAAAUGCCGCUUCACCUUCGGCUAACGCCAGCGCAGCUCCUGCUUUGUCGACGCAGGAGCCACGCAAACUAAGUUACGCUGAAGUUUGCCAGAAGCCCCCAAAAGAGCCUCCUCCCGUUGCUGUUCAGCCUCUCAGGGAACAUCGCACCAACAUCGUUCCCCCUGCCAAAACUGAAGACAACGGUACAGCCGAGAAGGCUCCGGAGAAGGCUCAUGACAAGGGUGAAGGUCGCAUGAAGGAUUAUUCUGGGUUCCGAGGCAACGGGCCUCCCAGGGGAGCUGCUGGGAAAAUCAGGGAACAGAGGCGCCAAUUUGGACGCAGAUCAUCGCCUCAGGGAGCACCUCGACGUAUCGGCAAGGAGCAGUACGUGCCACCCCGGUCACCAAAGUAACACUUAUCCAGCCAAUUAUUCUCUAUUUAAUUUGAGCUGUGGACUAAUAAGCGGCAAAGGAGACUGAGAAAGAAGUAUUCGUGAAGGGGAAUACUGAACUGGAGCGUGGCUUGUGUGGAGAAGUUGUGGAGGGUCCCAAAAUUCAUCUCUAAAAGUGAUUUCACAAAUGCUGGAGGAUUCCAAUCAAUAUAAAUAUAGAGAUUAUAAUUUUUGUAUUUUUGUUUUUAAUUUGCAGAGGGUUUCCUGCUUGAAAUCAGUUUUGGGGUUGUGAAACUAGUGUUUUGACAAAGUGAAAGAAUAUGAAUUGACAAAUUAACCUGUCCCUCAGUGUAGGAGGAAAAGGAUAAGAGAAUAUUAUUUUUGAAAAAUGAGCGUUUCUGUAAAAUUAGAAUUUUUUUAACCUAUUUAACAUUUGGCUUGUCGGAUGAUGUGUCUGCCAUUGAUGGCCUUGCAUUGCAGCACGCGUCUGCAGCCGAGGUGCUUGGUCAGUGUGAGUGGAAAUGAGUGCAGCCAGAUACUGUUGUCAUGACUAGUCACUGAUGAUAAAAACUGAAUGUACUACUGUAGUAAACUUUGUGUUUCCA